CAAAAUGGCUGCAUUAAUCACGUGACCUUUCUGCUUUUGUGAGCGCAGUUUCCAGAUUUUCUUUUGUACAUACUUCAUUUGUAUAUACUGUAUAUCAUGAGCACCACAGGCACCUCGCGUGCAAGUAGGUCGAAGGAUCAAAAACCAACAAAGACACAGACACAGCCUAGCAAACCAGUAGGUCUGCCUCAGGCGACUCCAGAACAGAUACGUCAGGCGCAGAUGAUAACAGAUUUAAAUGAGGACCCAGAGUUGCAGCAGAAAAUUAAACAGGUAGUGGAGCUAACAGGCAGAUCUGUGGAUGAGACAGUCGUAGCAUUGCAUGACUGCGAUGGAGAUCCAAACAGAGCCGUUAAUAUGUUGCUGGAAGGGUAUGCUGAUGAGGGAGAGUGGGAGACCUCGGGAAAGAAGAAGAAGAAGGCGAGUGCGAGCGCGCCGACUCAGAAGCAGCCUGCGGCUGAGACCAACCACACACCAAAGGAAGGCCGGCCGGACCGGGUCGUAGAGAAGAGCCGUGAGCGUGGCACAUUCGAGCAGCAGCGGGGCGGAGGCGGCGGUGGUGGCGGCAGCUCGCACGAGCGUGACGGCGCAGGAUCGCGCGGCGGACGCAACAUCGCGCCGCGAUUCGCCCGCGGCAACCGCACGUGGAGAGGACCGGAUGGUGACAGAAGUGGUGAUUCAGAAAGAUCGGAAAGAGGUCGUGGACGAGGUGGCGGACGUGGUCGUGGAGGCACUAGGGGUGGAUCUCGCAUAGGGACGUGGCGGGACGACGAGCGCCGAGGGGGAGGCAGCCGCGGUGGUGCGUUCAACAAACCCAUCGACACGUGGACCAACAGCAACCUGGACGACAGCGUCGUCAAUGACACAACGACACACGUCGGUAAUUGGAGCAAUGAUAUGGCUAACGACAUAGAAGAGUGGGCGGAGGAGGACUGGUCUACAGUCGUUGAGUCGAAGGUGUUUACUCCCAGCGGAGCGACUGCCACAAACACAGUAGAUCAGGACAGCAUGGUCGGAAAAAGCAUCGACUUGGAGUCGAUAUUGCCUCCAAAGGCACAGGGUACCAGCUUAGGUGACCCCACUCUGUCAGCUCAGUCUCAACUAAUGAACCAGUUCAACUCACAAGUCGCCACAGACACUAUCAAGUCAGCUGUUGGGUUGGUGAACAGUGGCGGCAGCUCGACGAUGGGCGACACGUGGGCGUCGAUGGCCGCGUCAGGGCAGAGUCGAUCCAGCGUGAUGCCGAGCCAGGCACCGGCCGCACAGAUGCCCGCGCAGUCACCGCCGCAGCCUCCUAGCCAGCAGCAGCAGCAGCAACAGCAGCAGCAGCAGGCGUCCGCGAUGACAGCGUCGCAGGCCAGCCAGGCGCAGCGGCAGAAAACACAGAAGACGCGGCUGCCGCCGCCGUCCAAAAUUCCACAGUCUGCUGUGGAGAUGCCCGGUAACCCCAUGGAUGGCCUCGACGUGCAAUUCGGUGCGGUGGAGUUUGGCUCCGACUCAGACUUCACACCCUACAGCACCUCGUCCAGCAACGUGACAAAUUCUUACCAGAAGAACUCCGCCAGUGCUUCAGCGUCCGCCCCGCUGCCCUCGUCAGCAAACGCGUGCGAAGUUCCCUCAACUGUGAUCAGCUCGAGCGUGGCGGCCGGCGGCGGCGGCGGCGGAGCAUCGCCCGGCCAGCAGGCUGGCACGGGCGCGUUUGAUGGCAAGGGAGCACCGACCAGGGCCCAGUAUGGCCCUCCCAGCAUUCCCGCAGCCGGCCAGACGAAGGAUGGAGGCCAGCAGAACCAGAUAUCUGCAGGACCUGAGCCGAUUCUAUUGCCGGGGCAGACUAAGCCAACAUCUAUGAUGUCAAAUCAACGGCCUAACCAGUCGCAACCACUCGAUGGAUCUCUGAGCUCCAGCGGCAGCAAGACGGAGUCGCUGUCGAACAGCUACGGCUCUGGCUAUCCGUCCGGCUACGCGACACGGCAGCAGCAGCAGCAGCAGAGCACGGCCUCAGCACCCUCCGGCUACUCCUCCUCCGGUCUGUCUUCAUCGCUACAGAAUGCCGCCGCGCAGAGCUACGCGAGCGGCCAGCAGGUGGCGCCACCAUCUGGCUACAGCGUGGCGGCAUACGCGGCCCAGGGUCAGUACGCGGCGGUUGCUGGCGGCGGCGGAUCGACAGCGGCGGGCGGGUACCCGGACACGGGGUCAACGACGUCGCCCUACCAGGCCGGCGGCGUGCAGACGCAGUCGUCACACUACCACUCGGCCGCCGCGGCCGCCGCCGUGGCUCUGAUGAACCAGAGUCAGGCGGCGAGUUCUCAGUACCAGGCGUCGUUCGCCGCUGCCGCCGCCGCCGCCGCGCAGCAGCAGCAGCCGGGAUCGUACCAGGGCGGCGCGCAGCAGCAGCAGGGGUCUAGCUACUCAACGACUCACGGCGCGGGGGCAGCACCGUCGGCUACCCUAGUGCGACGCAGUACACCAGGCGGGCUACCAGAACAACCACACGACGUCCGACGGCGCCACGUACCAGAAUCAGAGCUACGGCUCGGGAUACGGGUCGGCGAUGGCCGCCACGGGGAAGCUAGGGGGCGCCACUGCGGGGCUCGGAGGCAGCGCGUCGGCGACAGGGAAGGAUGCGGCUGGGAUCGAGGGGCAGGCGGGAGCGAGCGCGGCGUCGUCGCGGCAACAGCGUCGUCGUCCGCGGCGACGCAGCAGAGCGUCACAAACUUGUCGACAAUAACGACGAAUUCGACGAGGACGAAGAUGUCUCUGGCCGGCGGUAAAGUCCCGCCCAACCUGCCUCCGGGGGUGGCACCAAACAUUCUCGGACAUCAGUACAUCAUGAGCCAAGCCGCUGCCGCGGGAAUGCCUAUCUACGUGAGUCGCACACGUGCGCAUAGCGGCGGACGAUGAUGCGGGAUGUGGGGGCGUGCGGUCGUGCAUGCGCUGACCUGGGGUUCAACCAUUUGCAU